AUGGUUUUAUUUACAUCGAUCAAUAACUUAGCAAACGUUAAUAAUGGUGCAGCUUUCAGACGAAGAAAACUAUUCAUUCCGCCAUCAACUAAACAACCUAUGUUUAAAUAUGGAGAAGAUGAUGAUGAUAGAUCUUUUUUGAGUUUAAUAGAAAAUGGUUCCGAAUUUGAAGAAGAAGAUAUAAGUGAUACAGCAAGUGUUAGUACAUCAAGAUCAUUACCCGAUUCAUUAAGUAGUGCUCAUACAAAUGAAGAUCAAGAACUGUUUCAUUCAUGGUUAGUUGAGGAACGUAAUAGAAGAGUAGCAGAAAUUGAAGAAGAAGAAGAUAUGUUUAAUGCCAAUAUAUACGGAAGUAGAGGUAGAAGGCGAUCAAGUUUAAACUCAUCCAAGAAUUCACAAAAAUGGGAAGAUUUUAUGAAAAUUAAAACUAAUUAUAUUCAUGAAUCUUAUGUACUAUUUCGUCAUUCAUCACCAUUAAUUAUAACUUUUAUACUAGAACAUUUUUUUUCAAUCGUUUGUUUAAUAGUCGUUGGGAAAUUAGGUACAAAUGAAUUAGCAGCUGUAAGUUUAGCAACAAUGACUUCAACUAUAACAUUUGCUAUAUUUGAAGGCACAGCAACUGCUUUAGAUACACUAUGUCCUCAAGCUGUUGGAGCUGGUAAUUAUGAAAUGAUGAGUUUAUUUGUACAAAGAUGUAUUAUGUUUUCGUGGGUAUUAUUUAUUCCAUGUGGUUUAUUUUGGUGGUUUAGUGCAUAUGUAUUAAGGUAUAUUAUAGAUAAUGAGGAUGUUGUAUAUUUGACUUCAACUUUUUUAAGGAUACUUAUAUUGGGGGCACCAGCAUAUAUUUUUUUUGAAAAUUCAAAGAGAUUUUUACAAAGUCAAGGAAUAUUUGAAGCAGGAACUGGUGUUUUAUUUAUAAGUGCUCCAAUAAAUAUUUGUUUAUCUUGGUUUUUAGUAUGGAAUGAAAAAUUUGGAUUAGGAUAUAUUGGAUCACCAAUUGCGACUGUAAUAAAUUUUUGGAUGAUGUCAAUAUUAUUGGUGCUUUACGUUAAAUUCAUUGAUGGUAAAAAAGGUUGGUUUGGAAUAGCACCAAUUAAAGAAAUAUUUUCAGAUUGGGGUCAAAUUGGUCAAUUGGCAUUACCAGGUAUUGUAAUGAUUGAAUCAGAGUAUUUAGCAUAUGAAAUUAUGACAUUAUUUGCGUCUUACUUUGGAACUACAGCAUUAGCUGCUCAAAGUGCUGUAUCAAGUAUUGCAUCAAUAGCGUAUAUGGUACCAUUUGCUGUGAGUAUAGCAGCAUCUACUAGAAUUGCAAAUUUUAUAGGUGGUCAAAAUCUAAAUGCUUCAUUAAUAUCAACAAGAAUUGCAAUGAUGGGAUCACUUGUUGUUUCAAGUUUAAAUUGUUUAAUACUAUUUACAUUUAGAACUCAAUUGGCUCAUAUUUUCACAGAUGAUCCAACAGUUGUCAACCUUAUAGAAAAUUUAUUAAACCCGUUAGUUGCAAUCUUACAAAUUUUUGAUGGUAUAGCUUCUGUAAAUAGUGGGAUAUUACGAGCUCAAGGAUUACAAAAAAUUGGAGGAUUAAUAAAUUUUAUUGCAUAUUAUGCAUUUGCGUUACCAUUAGCAUUGAUAUUAAGUAAAUAUUUAGGUUAUAAAUUAUAUGGAUUAUGGAUUGGAGUUGGUUCAGGGAUGUUUAUUAUUGCUUUGAGUACAUUUUUUGUAAUAAUGUUUAGUGAUUGGGAUCAAAUUUUAAUGCAAGCUGGUUUAAUAAAUGACUCAGAUGAUGAUGACGAUGAUGAUAAUGAUUAA